AUCGAAUCUGUACAGUGAAAUAAAGAGAAUUAUUAACGAUCGUCGAAUCGUUGAUCAAAUUCGUUAAUUCAAAUUCGAACUCAAAAAGAUGCGGUUUCUCGUAAUCCUCUUUUUCGCCAUCGUCGCAGUGGCGACCGCAGCCGUAGAGCCGGGUGAGAAAUCGGAGCCAGCGCAGCAGUCGUGCGAGCCCGGAAAACCGUUUAUGAACUACUGCAAUCGUUGUAUAUGCGAGCAAGAUGGAACGCCGGGUCCCUGCACGAGGAUGUAUUGCGACAGAAAACUGUGGAAUCGCAAUGGCACGAUGAAAGAACUUCUCAGCGUAAUUUUGGUCGAUGACGAAUGGGAAGAUCGUCCGGACUAUGAGAAGGAGGAGAAUUCCGGGGAUGCGAGAGACGACGAGGAGGAGGAGCGUCUCGACGACGAGUCGCGGGAGCGACUCGUUCAGAAGCGUCAGGUUUGCGUGCCAGGUACAACCUACCGAAAUUACUGCAACACUUGCACCUGCAACGAAGACGGAAGCUCGAGCAAGUGCACGAAGAUGAGAUGCGGGAACGGCGAGUUCGAGAGAAACGGCCAGAGGCCCUACGUCCAUUACGAUUUACACUUGCGUAAGAGUCCGACGGGCUCGAAAUCGAACCGUGACGGAAGUUACGUGGACAACGGCCCCGAGACCAGGGACCUUGCCAGAGCGGAAAUGGCGGUCGAACAGAUUCGGAAUUUUGCCAACAUGGGGUGCGAGCCCGGCAAAAGAUUCAUGCACUAUUGCAACAGUUGUCGUUGUUCAAAAUCCGGAAUCGGUGCACGUUGUACGACCAAGGCUUGUCCAGCCGACGCUGACAAGAGGGACGGGAGCUUGAGAGCCGACGCGAGCGAAAGUAGCACUGCGACACCAAAGCAGCCUCAGAACGGCUCCCUUUCCAGAAGGAAACGCGAUUUCGACAGCAUCGAUUUCGCAACCCUCAAAUGCGAGCCCGGAAAAAGCUUCAAACACUAUUGCAACACCUGCACGUGUUCCUUGACCGGAGUUGGCGCAGGCUGCACUUACGCAGCGUGCCCGCCCGACCUCUAUAAUCUCGACGGCUCCUUAAAAACCACCACGACCGAAGAAAGCGAUAACAUUGACUUCGCAACCAUCAAGUGCCAGGCUGAAAAAGAAUUCAAACACUUUUGCAACACCUGCAGGUGUUCCCGGAGCGGAGUAGGCGCAGCCUGCACUUAUAAAGAGUGCGCGCCCGGCGUCUACUAUCGAAAUGGCACUCGCAAAGCGGCUCCCCUGCAGAGAGAACGCUGCACUGCUAAAUGGUGCGACCCCGAAGUCUACAAUCAAGACGGCACUUUCAAAGUGCCAAUAACAGUAGGAAACUUUAAUUUUCCAGCGAUUAAAUGCGAGGCUAGAAAGAAGUUCUUUUACCAUUGCAACCGGUGUCAGUGCUCCGAAACCGGCGUUGGUGCAACCUGCACCAAUAAAGCCUGUCCAUUCGGCGUCUACAAUAUCGAUGGAAGUUUGAAAGCGAGAGAAAAUCAUUUGAUUUUUGAAGGCAUGACGUGCGAGCCUGGACAAAGAUUUCCAGACUAUUGCAACACCUGUUCGUGCUCCCUCACCGGAGUCGGUGCGAGCUGCACCAACAGAAUCUGCCCAUAUGAGCUCUAUAAUCGCAACGGCAGUUUCAAAACUAUUACGAGGCAAAAUAGCGACGAUGAUUUUGCGCACAUGCGGUGCUCCCCCAACGAGUUCUUCAAACAUUACUGCAAGGAUUGCUGGUGCUCGGCGACGGGAAUAGGAGCAUCUUGCUCCGAUAACGCAUGCACGCCUGGCGAGUACUAUCGCGACGGUACCCCCAAAGUGAGGAGGGAUCCGGCCUACUUCAGGUACGAUUUGGACUAGGAUCGAGAGCCGUGGAUUCCGGAAAUUGAGUUUGCGCCGCCCGUUUGGAACAGCACUCCAGAAUUUCCGAUCUGCCCGUCCAACCGAAAAACACAAACGCUUCGAGGGGCCUUGGGUUUCAGCGAACUGGCAAAGCGUCCCCAGAGCUCGGGGAAUGGAUCGAUUUUUCAAAUUCUUUUUCCCGAGUCUCAUCAACUAUGUCCUGCGACAACUUUGGAGCGAUAACGAACCUAUGAACCCGCAUGUGCACGAUUAAGGGUGUAUACGAGUGCGAGAACUGUUUUUAGAUAGCACUCUAAUUAAUUGGUUUUACAAGCCAACAUUUAUUUUCUAUGCCUGUGAAAUUUCAAGACUCUUUAUCGACUGUUCAGUUGAGAUAUAUUAACAGUUGAAAAAUACAACCAUCUUCUUCACGCCUCGACUCGAAAACAACUCUGCUUCAAAAUCUUUACUUCAAAAUUCAUAACGUCUCUACGACCACUCGUUUAUAAUCCGUAUUCUUCAAUGUCUCUACUCACGAUGCGAUAUGUUCUGAAAUCAUGAUAGAGAUAUUGGGGAUUAAAUGUCGCACAGGAGUAGAUAUUUUAAGCAGGAUAGACGUUCUCUACGCAGAUCAAGCAACUCCGCUCUUUAAACAUGUAUUUAGAGGAGAGCUGUUGUUGAAUACAUUUACUGAGAGUACAAUCGUCGACCUGCUGCGACAUAACUCGACUCUGAUAAGUCUACUCGACAACAUUUCCACUGUAAAGAUUUUUAUUUCAUGCAUGAAUGACGUCUCUACUCUUCAACAUGUCUAAGCGGAUAGCACAGAUUGAUUGGGUUUGUUGUGAAAUUAGAAAUUGGGUUAGUGAAUUAGAAAUGUUGAGUUGAAGACGACAAAUGGCUACAGAAUCUUGAAAUUUGUCAGGCCCAUACGUCACUUGUCACCUAUGUCAUGUUGUCAGUGGAAGUGACAGCUGUACUUUUUAAGGUCAUAUAUGCGGUGACCUCUGACCUAAUCUGUCAACUGACUAUUUUCGACGUUGUCAAACGUUGCCUUUCCUCAGUGUACUAACGAAUAACGUGAAAGACUCGAAAUGAAGUAUUUUCUGCGAUGCACUCAACUUAAAAAUUAUUUACCAUUGAAAUAUUAAGGUAAGAGUCGCGCGACUCUAUGGUCAAAUGACUAUUUAUUAAUCGUCCAAAUAAAAUAGGUUAUAAGAAAGUUUUUCUGUAUUGAAUAAAUCUUAGGGCAAUUUAAACUGUGUUCGUAUAAAUUUAUACAAGAUCGUAUUUAAUAAUAUGAUUAGAAAUAUCUAAUGAUUGCUUAUUUCACUCGGUUUUUCAAUAUAUACAUACAAUAUAUAUCGGUUCUCUUCUCACCUGACAGUCGAAAGAUAUCCUAGCCUCCAAACUAUAUGUAUACAUUCUUAAGGAAGUUGAGGCAUUAGAAUGAUGUCACCGCUUUUAAACCGAUAGCAUCUUAUAAAGUGAAGUAUAAAAAAAAAUCAGUUAAAUUUUCAAACAGUUUAGGAGCG